CGCAGUCCCGGCGGCUCCCUGGCGCCCCCUGGCCCUGCUCCCGCGCCCGAGGUUUCCGGUGAGCCGCAGCAGCCGGUUAUGACGACUCCGUGCUCCCGAGCAGCGGCUGUCUCCUCCUCCUCCGCAGCCCUGGCUCCCCUGGCUCCAGGCCCGAGGAAAUCCGGUGAAGGAAUACAGAAGAGGAAGGCGCCGGUUGAUUUGUACUGAAGGAAAAGUAGGGCGGCGCUCAAGCUUCCAUCUGCCGGAGAAGUGCACGCACCCAUCCUUGGGGGGCCUUGCAAGAGGACUGCGCACCAGAACGGCUCUUUGCCAGGCCCCGGGGCUGCGCUUUUCAUGCUUGAGCAGCCGCCCCUUCUAGCUUAUGCAAGUAGAUUUCUGAUAUCUGAAGCAUCACAACAGCUUCUGCGUGGUUCUGAUAAUUAAAGAGGUUUGGAGGUUGCUAUGUUAAAGCUGCUUGUCCUUGGAGUAUUGCUUCAUGGUGUUUCACUGAGUGGCCAAGAUGAGGCUCCUCCCAAGGCUGAUGGCAUUCCAGGCGAACCUCUGUUUAACUAUGCCAGUAUCCGCUUGCCCAAGGAGCACAUUCCCUUCUUUUUGCACAAUAACAGGCAUAUUGCCACGGUCUGUAAGAAAGACUCACAUUGUCCUUAUAAGAAACACUUAGAGAAUCUAAAAUACUGCUGGGGUUAUGAGAAAUCCUGCAAACCAGAGUUCAGAUUUGGUUACCCUGUCUGUACCUACGUCGACAUGGGAUGGACAGAUACCCUUGAAUCCGCCCAGGACAUAUUCUGGAAACAAGCUGACUUUGGAUAUGCGGGAGAGCGUCUGGAGGAACUGCAUGUGCUCUGCCAGCCUAAGGAAACUCAUGACUCAAGCCUGGUGUGUUCCCGUUAUCUUCAGUACUGCAGAGCAUCCAAUCUCUAUCUUGAUUUAAGAAACAUCAAGAGAAACCAUGACAGAUUUAAGGAAGAUUUUCUCCAGAGUGGUGAAAUCGGAGGACACUGCACACUGGACACUCGGACAUUGAUGUCUCAAGGUCAGCGCAAAAGCCCUCUGCAGUCUUGGUUUGCUGAGCUGCAAAGCUAUACUCAGCUCAACUUCAGACCUCUAGAAGAUGCUAAAUGUGACGUUGUGAUUGAAAAACCAACCUACUUCAUGAAACUGGAUGCAGGUGUUAACAUGUAUCACCACUUCUGUGACUUUAUCAAUCUGUAUAUUACUCAGCACGUUAAUAAUUCAUUUGGCACAGAUGCAUACAUCGUGAUGUGGGACACAAGCUCCUAUGGAUAUGGUGACCUGUUCUCUGACACCUGGAAAGCCUUUACUGAUUAUGAUGUUAUACAUUUGAAAACUUAUGAUUCCAAAAGGGUAUGUUUUAAAGAAGCUGUUUUUUCUUUACUCCCCCGGAUGCGAUACGGGCUGUUCUAUAAUACCCCUUUGAUAUCUGGCUGCCAAAACACGGGAUUAUUCAGGGCAUUUUCCCAGCAUGUGCUACACAGACUAAACAUCACACAGGAGGGACCCAAGGACAGAAAAAUCCGAGUCACCAUCCUUGCACGGAGUACAGAGUACCGGAAAAUACUAAACCAAAAUGAGCUGGUAAACGCACUGAAAACGGUAUCUACACUUGAGGUUCAGAUUGUCGAUUACAAAUAUAAGGAACUUGGGUUUUUGGAUCAGCUGAGGAUCACUCAUAACACGGACAUAUUUAUUGGAAUGCAUGGAGCUGGUCUUACCCAUUUACUUUUCCUUCCAGACUGGGCUGCUGUAUUUGAACUGUACAACUGUGAAGAUGAGCGCUGUUACUUAGACCUGGCCAGGCUGAGAGGUGUCCACUACAUCACUUGGCGAAGGCAGAACAAAGUCUUUCCUCAGGAUAAGGGCCACCACCCAACUCUGGGGGAACAUCCGAAAUUUACCAACUAUUCUUUCGAUGUAGAAGAAUUCAUGUACCUUGUCCUUCAGGCUGCAGACCACGUAUUACAACACCCAAAGUGGCCAUUUAAGAAAAAACGUGAUGAGCUAUAAAUGUGCUGAAUCUGUUUGCAAAAUCUGUUUGUUUAAACAUUCCACCACCCAGACUCACAGUUAAGUCAGUAAAACACCUUGUUAUUUCCUAGCCCCAAAUUACCUUUUCUAUACCAAAACAUGCCUUCAGGAUAGUACUUAGGUGUUUUAGAGGCUUUAGCUGUUUCCUGGGAUUUUUAUGUCAUAGCUAUUUAUCAAGAGACUGUUUUUGCACUGAAAACUUUACUCUUUAUAGUUCAAAAAUAAGGCUGUACUAGGCUCACUAGUACAUUUGAGCUUCUUAGGUCUACCAAAGUUUUCACCUUUCUUGGCUUUAGAAUUUGUAAAUGUUUUUGUAGAAUAACAUGGGAUUGUAGUUCUAGAGGCUUCUAACUUGUUUGUGUUAUAUUUGAGUAAAUUCACAGAAGCUUUUUUAUUUGCCAAAAUCUGUUCAUAACACUGUUUGUGAUAGGAAAGGAAAACAUACCACACACACACACACACACACACACACACACACACACACACACACACACACUCACGUUUGAUUCUCAGUACCAAGCUAUAGGUAGCCUACUCCACGUUAGAGAUCAGUGUUUAUAAACAGGUCUGUUUUACCCUCUCAGAGUCCAGACAAACUCCCACAGAAUUCUCUGCUGUAUCUGCUAAGUGAACUCCAGGUUAUAUGCACCAGUAAUUUGUAUAAACCAUGCUGCUACAUUAAUUUAUAUUAAUGGAUUGCAUAUGCAAAUCAUGUUUUUCCCAAAACGUAACAACUACAUAUGAUAAAAACAAAUUAGAACAUCCCUUAGGACGUCUUUGGAUACCUUCUAGCUGGUUUCCACUAAUUCCUUCUUAGCUCUGGAGAACAUUUAUGUUGAAUUUAUGUAUCAAAGGGUCGUUUCCAGUGUGCAUGGACCUGUGACGGCAUACCCCUUUGUGUGUGCAUCUACCUCUUUUAGCAUGGAUGUAUUCCCCUUUGAGUUUGCAGGCUUCACAGUAGCUACAUGAAGAACAUUUUUCCCUAUCAAAAAUGAAGACCAAAAAAAAAAAAAAAA